UUGCCUCACCUCUCUUAUCUCUCGUCACUACUGCUAAUUAUGUUUACCAGACGACUAUUGUUAUUAUCGCGGCCCUACCCGGGCCAGACUCGGUUUACCAGCACUCUGGGUCUAUCGCCAACAAUAAAAAGUGUCCUUGCAAAAAACAGCUCUGGCACCGACGUCAAGAUCAGCGGCUGGAUACGCUCCGUGCGCCAACAAAAGCGCAUUGCAUUCGCUGAAGUAUCCGAUGGCUCGACAAUGCGUGGAAUUCAAGUGAUCAUGGAUGACCCGCAGCUGGCCACCGGUCUCUCCACCGGGUCCUCCGUUGAAAUUACGGGAACACUGGCCGACAGCCCAGGGCGCGAGCAGAGCAAGGAACUGCAGGCGAAGCACAUCAGCAUAAUUGGAUCAGCGGAUCCUGAGUCAUACCCGCUUCAAAAGAAGCGGCACACGCUCGAAUUUCUACGUGAGAUUGGGUAUCUGCGUCCACGCUCGCAGACAAUCGGCGCUGUCAUGCGGCUGCGCGAUCAGGCAGAAAUUGGUUUCCACAAGUUCUUCCAUGAAAACGAGUUUGUGAAGGUUCAUACACCAGCACUGACUGCGAACGACUGCGAAGGCGGUGGUGAGACCUUUAGCGUAGCUACUGACGUCCCUAAGGGUGUCGGGGCUGAUCCGCUAACGGAGUUUUUUGGCCGACGUGUUAAUCUAACAGUAUCUGGUCAGCUGCACUUGGAGGUACUGACGGGGGCUUUCAAGCGCGUGUACAACUUUAACCAAUCCUUCCGCGCUGAGCCCAGCCAGACAGGUCGUCAUCUGUCCGAAUUCUGGAUGGUUGAAGCAGAGUGUGCCUUUAUGGAUAAGCUCAGCACGCUGAUGGACGUUGAGGAGGCGAUGGUGCGCAGUGUCACACAGAACUUGCUCGACAACUCUGCAGCUGAUCUCGAGUUCUUUGCGAAAUCCAACGAGCCGCUGGCUAAACUCAUAAAGAAGCUGGUUGACCCGGCCCAGUACGCGCGUGUCUCGUAUACAGAGGCCAUCGAUAUUCUGCAACGAGCCGAGUCCAAAGCCCAGUUCCAGUUCAAACCACAGUGGGGCCAGGGACUUCAGAGCGAGCAUGAACGGUACCUCGCGACCACACACUUUGCUGGUCCAGUGUUUGUAACUGACUACCCAACGCAGAUCAAACCCUUCUAUAUGCUGGCGAACCCGGACGGCCGCACCGUGGCCUGCAUGGAUAUGUUGGUUCCUGGACCAUGUGAGCUGUUGGGAGGUAGUCUUAGGGAGCAUGACUAUGUCCGGCUGAAGCAGCGUAUCCAUGAACUUGGGUUUGAGGACGGAUCGCUGGAUUGGUACGUUGGGCUGCGCAAAUACGGGACCACCCCCCAUGGCGGGUUUGGGGUUGGGUUUGAGCGGUUCCUGCAGAUGUUAACCGGGUUGGAAAGUGUGCGUGACAUCAUCCCGUUCCCGCGGUACGCUGGCCGGUGUCAAUACUAGCCUUCAUUAUCUCUCAAUAUACUUUUUUUUUUUGGAAUCAUUCUACAUGUGGC